UUUAGCAAUGUGUGAACCAGGAUACUACGCAUCAUUGCUGAUGACAAACAAUGUGAAUCCGUGCAUUCCUUGCUCUCGAUGUCAACCGGGUUAUUACCAGAUUAGUAGCUGUAAUGCUACGGAUGAUACCAUGUGUGCUGUAUGCCCUACUAAUACAUAUUCCAAUGGUUGGACGUCUUUAUCUGUGUGUAAGCCCUGUAAAGUAUGUGGCAUACAUCAGCUAAGCGAUCCUUGUACACCAAAGAAAGAUACCUUGUGUAGGACGAAAUGCAGCACAGGUUAUUACUUCGAUACUGUGUCUCACCGUUGCAAACAGUGUUCGCUUUGCCCCGAUACUGGCGUUGAUAGGGUUUAUGAAUGCACACAGCAUGAAGGAAGCGGGAACUACCAGUGUAGAGAAGAGUCAUUCAUUAGAGCCAGGAGGAUUAACCCAUCAAUAAUCACCAAGGAUAAUAGCGAUGGGAUGACAGAUAAUUUGUCAUUAGUGGACAAGAUAUCGACAGAUACUGCGACAACUCAUUUCUUGAAUCCUGAAGAACAUCAUCCUUCACCCACAGCGGCUGCUGGGAUUGGGAAGGUCGAUGUACUCAUGUCGACAAUUGCAAUCCUGCAACCAACAGGGUCGAUUUCCACAAAAAAGCUGAAUUUGCUUCUGCCCGUGUUAUCAUCGUCUACGUCGUCACCGACGAGGUCAUUGGCUGCGGCUGCGAUUGGUCACCAGUCGUCAUCGACGUUUAAACGGGGCUUGACGGCGACCGAUAUCCUCAUAGUCAUCGGAAUCAUAGCAGCCAGUUGUGUCGUGUCUUUUGUGACGACAUACGUCACGUGUUAUUUCCUCAUUAAAAGAGGGAUAGUCAAAGGCGGCGAUGCGACGGUCGGCUUUGCCCGAGGACGUGAACCGGUCAAGGGUUGGCUCGCCGUGCCUCGGGGAGACGUCUUGAGAAACAUCGACGCGUUGCCUAGGAGAACAAGUAUAUAUGAUUUAACCCUGUCAGUUUGUUGAUAUAAUAUGAUGCAAUAUGGCUAGGUUCAUGGGUCCAUUCUUGAAAGAAGGGCGCAUGCCUGAAUAUUGUCAUAAUAAGCUCCUUUUCCAGGGCCCUUCAUUAUAACUAUAAAUCUAGGGCAAGCGAUGAUGUCGAAGAUCUCAUCAACCUGAUAAUGAUUGCGCGUCAUCUUUCAAGAAUGGACACCAAGAUCUUGGCCUCCCUAUAUCCAAAGAGGCUGAAGCUGUUACUAAAGUUCAUUAAUAAAGAUGGUGCAAACGAUUUGUUACGGGUAUACUUAUAGGUUGCCGCGCAAGAUACACCAGGCAGCGCAACGGGGAUACAAUAUCUCCAGGAGAUAAAGGACUUAUCGGAUGUUUUAUCCCGCAAGUCCUGUUUAUCCGACAGUAACCAUAGCAACAGCGCUUAUUAGCCAAUCAAAAUCACGGAAAGUUGUCAGAGCCAACAACUUUUUUUUUAUUAAGCUUAUUAAAGAGCAUUAGAAAGCCAUUUAUAUUUAUUGGAACUUCACAUAUCAAUAUCAUUUUUUUUGGGGGGGGGGGGGGAGAGGGGAUUGAUGAUGCAGGACGGUGAUAAGUAUACUGCAGGUGCCAAGAAGUAUAUCAAGGGUUUACCAUUUAGUAAGGAAUUUUAGACACGGGAUAGUCGAUUGUAGCGUAGCAGUGCUUUUGUUGGUUUGGGAAGCAGUUAUGAUUAUUGUUAUUUUUAUUAUCAUUAUUAUUAUUAUUAUUACCAUUAUUAUUAUCAUUAAUCACAGCUAUAAUUUUUAUUAUCACUUCUUUUAACGCUAUAUUACUUCAUUCUUACGCCUACAUACUAGUGCUACUUUACACUGCUUACUAUGUUGAUAGUGUAUAUAAAAUGACUGAAAAUUAUAUAGAUGUAGAGGUGUGUAUAAUAUCCCAAUGAUAUCUCUCUAAGCACAAACAUAAUGUAUAUAGCCCUGAUCAAAACAGGAUAACCUCUUUAUCAUACGCGUUGGUUGUUUCAAAACAAAUGGUGGGGUGAAUCCACAAAGAUGUGAUCUGAACACUGGCGGAUCCAGGGGGGGGGGGGGGGGCACAGCCGGCCCAUGCCCCCUCAUUUGAGAGGCACAAUUAAAAUUUGUAAUGUAAAAAUGGCGUUAAAACAAAAGUGUGCCUCCCUCCCUUUUGAAAAUGAAGACGUUUUUUUUUUGCUUGUCAAUUUUUUCGUGGACGAAAUGUACCCUUGAUAUUUAGUUAAAACCUUUUUUUGCUUGUCGAUUCCCCCCCUUCGAAAAAUUCUGGAUCCGCCCCUGGAUCUGAAGUUGACUAACGUUGACGUUAUUCCAAAUUCAUAAUAGUUUAUCUCGAUGAUAACUUCCAAAUACAUCUUAUUGCCAGACCCACAGCCGCUGGUUGUUUGCAUGGUGUAUAUAUAGCACUCAGAGCUGAAUAUGCUCCCCCUUCGACCCAAAUUUUCAUUGUAAGUUUAAUAUUUGUAAAGACAUUACUAUAUCCUUCAUGUAUAAUAGGCCCAUAUUAUCCCCGGGAUAUCCCCUCCUGUUGUGAGUCGGCACAGCUCAGUGAAAGAAACCGUUCCCGUUAACACCGGCCCAAUCAAAAUCAAGAUUUUCAUGGUAUACUUUUUUUUGUAGAAAUUUUUAUUAUUCAUUCACUUCAAAUAAAAUCCAUACAUACACAGCUGCAAUGAAUUUGUUAUAUUAUUUUUAUGACAUUUUCUAUAUUCUUGAUAUAGAAAAUAUCACACAAAAUAACAUAACAAAUUAAUUGCAGCUGUGAAUACACAAAUCAAAUAAGGUAGUUACCAAAUAGUACCGAUUUUAAAUAGUCCUCAUUAAUGGUCAGGCUCGCUGAACUGUAUCUUGUGCGGCGACUUCGCGUUUCUACCAAAAUAUA